AUGGCAAGUCAAGGAAGUUCCUCGAGGAAAAGCAUGUCGUCUUCGUCAUUCCAGGGAAGGAAAAAGGCUAAUGAGAAUGGUGGAGGAGGCGGAGGUCCUGAUGGUUCAAGGAGGUCUCUUGCCGCUUCCCGCUCUAUGGGACUAACUGGAGAGCGCACAGUAAAACGUUUGCGUCUGUCAAAGGCCCUGACAGUACCUGAAAACACAAGCAUUUAUGAGGCUUGCCGUCGGAUGGCUGCUCGUAGAGUUGAUGCCUUAUUGCUAACUGACUCUAAUGCGCUACUUUGUGGAAUCCUUACAGAUAAGGAUUUAGUUUCAAGAGUAAUUGCUCAUGAGGUUGAUCUUGAGGAAACACCUGUUUCUAAAGUUAUGACCAAGAACCCUGUUUUUGUUCUUUCGGACACUCUUGCUGUGGAAGCUCUCCAGAAGAUGGUUCAAGGAAAAUUCAGACAUUUACCUGUUGUCGAGAAUGGAGAGGUCAUUGCCUUACUGGACAUAGCAAAGUGUUUAUACGAUGCCAUAGCUCGUAUGGAAAGGGCUGCAGAAAAAGGAAAAGCCAUUGCUGCAGCUGUUGAAGGUGUUGAAAAAAAUUGGGGGACAUCCAUAUCUGGAUCCAAUACAUUCAUUGAGACACUUCGAGAGCGGAUGUUUAGGCCUGCUAUAUCUACGAUCAUUCCAGAGAAUUCAAAGAUUGUAACAGUAUCACCAACAGAAACUGUUUUGGAAGUAUCAAAGAAGAUGCUUGAAUCUCGAUCAACCUGUGCAGUAGUGACAGUUGAUGAAAAACCCCGAGGAAUUUUUACUUCAAAGGAUAUCUUGAUGCGAGUAAUAACACAAAAUCUUCCUCCAGGUUCGACUCUUGUAGAGAAGGUCAUGACUCCCAAUCCAGAAUGUGCAACCGUUGAUACACCAAUUGUUGAUGCUCUGCACACCAUGCAUGAUGGGAAAUUUUUGCACCUUCCUGUGGUGGAUAGAGAUGGGAACAUAGUUGCAGUCAUUGAUGUGAUUCAUAUCACUCACGCUGCAGUGGCGACAGUUGGGAGUGCUGCUGCAGCAAAUAAUGAGACUGCAAACACAAUGAUGCAGAAGUUUUGGGAUUCCGCCAUGACUUUGAGUCCCAAUGAUGAUGAUGAGGAGGCGCGAAGUGAAGGUUCCUUGAAAUUGGCUUCCGAAGGAACAGAGACGGGGAGAUCGCUUCUCUAUCCGUCAUCGGGGUAUCCAAAUGUAUUUUCUUUUAAAAUUGAAGACAAAAAGAGGCGAAUGCACAGAUUUACUUGUGAGACCAGGAGUCUGACUGAUCUAAUAACUUCAAUCCUUCAGAGGCUAGGGGAUGAUAUCAACCGUAACAACCUACCUCAAAUUCUGUAUGAAGAUGAAGACCAUGACAAAGUUGUUCUGGCAUCAGAUAGUGAUCUCGUCACAGCUGUAGAGCAUGCGAGAUCAGCUGGUUUGAAGAGUCUGAGAUUGCACUUAGAUUAUUCAGGAACAUGUGGAAGGAAGGGUUCUAGUUCAGAAACUUUUGAUUAUGCCCAAGAAGAUGCAUGGGCUUCUGCAUACAGUGCUGUUGCUGCAGGAGCUGCUCUAGUUGCUGGGUUAGGCGUAUUAGCAUACUUAAAGAGAUCUGGUUACUGA